CGCCCCUUCCUCGCAGGCCGCCAGGCAGCCAGGCCCGACCCGACCCGCCGGGCCCCCGCGCCGCCGCCGCUGCCGCGCCUCAGGGGACGGCGAUGGCCUCAUCGGAGCAGAGCCCGGAGGAGGGGGCCGCCAGCCUCUUGGCCGCCGCGGGCGCGUCAGCCCUUGCCAAAGGAUGCGCCAGUCUGCCUGCCAGCAUAAGUGACCUUUCUGUUCACCAAAACAACUGCCUGCCGCUGGCUGCCAUCCGCCCCCAUCCAACAGUCUGUGAGGACUGGGAAGAUGAUCACUCGGAGGCAGUAGAAAGGGGCCCUGGGUUGCCGGAGAAGGAUUCCUCCCUGCUGGCCGCCCAGGCUCCAGGGACUCCUGAAGAGCCUUUGCCUGCUGCCGCCGGGCUUCUCUCACAGCCUCAGGCCUGUCCCUCAAGUGAGGAGUUCUCUUUGCCCGACUCGGACAGCGCUGUGGGAGAAGAGAGUCUACAGAUGGCUCCGCUGCACCCGCAGGCGGACCUCUCCACGGACCCGGCCGGUGCCAUCAUUUGCUCCGAGACUGAGCUGGGAUCUUUGAUCUUGCAGCAUGGCAGGCGGCAGAACGGGUGCCUGGAUUUGGAAGAUGCCCCCUUGGCAGAAAGCCCUGAUCAAGACAGCUCCUCCCAGAAGUCCUCCCAGAACAUUGCAGUGCAGACUGACCUCAGGACAGCUGACCUGGAAGUGAACACAGACCAGGAUAUUGAAAAGAGCCUGGAUAAAAUGAUGUCUGAGAGAGCUUCGCUGAAGGAGCGCUACCAGGAAGUGCUGGACAAGCAAAGGCAGGUAGAGAAUCAGCUCCAGGUGCAGUUGAAGCAUCUCCAGCGACGACGGGAGGAAGAGAUGAAGAAUCACCAGGAGAUUCUGAAGGCCAUUCAAGAUGUGACUGUGAAACGGGAAGAGACCAAGAAGAAGAUGGAAAAGGAGAAAAAGGAGUUUUUGCAAAAGGAACGGGACUUGAAGGCCGAAAUUGAGAAGCUCUGCGAGAAAGGCAGGAGGUUGCUGAAGGAGCAGGAGGAGAAGGAGAACAAGAUCGUCUCCCUCAUUGCCGAACAGUCCGAGGAGAAGGAGGUCUGGGAGACAGAACUGGACAAGCUGAAGAACCAGCACAACGAAAUCAACCAGUCCAUCCUGGAGGAGACGGAGCGGGCUUGGAAAGCAGAGAUCCUGUCCCUGGAGAGCCGCAAGGAGCUGCUGGUCCUGAAGCUGGAAGAGGCUGAAAAAGAAGCUGAGCUGCACCUCACCUACCUCAAAUCAGCCCCGCCCACCCGGGAGACCAUCCAAGCAAAGCAGGAGUGGGAAAAGAGGCUGAAGAAAAUACGGAUGACCAAGGAGAGUGUCCGGGACCGGUUCAACGACCACAUCCAGCUCGUACGGAACGGUGCCAAGCUGAGCAGCCUCCCCCAGAUCCCCACCCCACCCCUGCCGCCGCCCCCGCUGGAGACAGACUUCCUGCUGCCAGCCUUCCCGUCCAAUUCCUCCCUUGCCCCUCGGCUGCCCUUCCCCAUGGGGCCAGUGCCCCUGCCCAUGGUCAUGCCAAGCGCAGACCCCCGUGUACUCUCGUUUCCUCUCCUGACUCCUUCCGUCUCCGGGCCCAGCCAGCCUCCCCCUCCCCUGCCGGCCUCUCAGGGACGGAGCAGCCCCGUGCUCUCUUCUCUGGGGGGUCCCCGCGCUGCCCCUGUGGCUGCACUUCCUCCCCCACCCGGUCUGGGCGGGGUGAAAGCAACUCUGGAAUUCCACAGACCCCCCCCAGUGGACAAGCUGGAGAAGAUCCUGGAGAAGCUGCUGGCCCGGUUCCCUCAGUGCAAUAAGGCCCAGCUGACCAACAUCCUGCAGCAGAUCAAAGCAGCACGACGCACCCUGGCAGGGCUCACCAUGGAAGAGCUGAGCCAGCUGGUGGCGACCAAGCUGGCAGAGCAAGAAAGGGUGGCAGCAGCUGGUGCACAGCCCCUUGGUCGAAUCCGUUCCUCCAUGUUCCCUGCUCCUAUGCCUCAGAUCAGCAGCCCUAUGUUUUUGCCACCUGCCCAAGUUCCCUAUGCUGGGACACCUUCACAGGCUCCCGUGGCCUGCAAACUGUGUCUGAUGUGCCAGAAACUGGUUCAGCCGAGCGACCUUCACCCCGUGGCCUGUUCCCAUGUGCUGCACAAGGAGUGCAUUAAAUUCUGGGCCCAGACCAAUGCAAAUGACGCCUGUCCGUUCUGCCCGACGCUGAAAUGACCACUGGUCGACGGAGGAUGGUGGUGGUGCUGGGAUCCCAGGAGGGGGAUCCCAGGAUUUCUACAGUUCUAUAUUUAUACAGCCAUGUAUACACAUGUACAUUUUUAUUCUAUAGGGAAUGUGUGUAUAGAAAGUCCGUAUACAUACUAGUUCAGAAUUAAAGUGUGUAUAUUACGCA